GGUUCCUUUUCCUGCAGAGUCACCCAUCUCUGGAGAACCGUGCCAGCUAGAAGGGCAAAAUUGUUGGGAGCUGGCAGAGGCCUCUAAGGAAGGAACCCAUUGCCGCCCUUGGCUCAUCGGGUUUGCUUCUUCGCCUGCUGGAUCGUGCCCCCCUUAGUGCACGAUGGGGGUCCUGUGAGCCCCGGGAGUCUGCCGAGGCCUGGCGUCGUCGGGCGCUGCCCUCCCCAGACCAUGUGGCACCCACUCCGGCGCCCACCGCUCUUCUCCUCUCUGCGCACGAACUCCGCGGUGGCCUCUGCGGCUGGCUGGGAGGCCCGCCUGGCGCUGUGGGUGCUCAGCUUCGCGGCGGCUGUGGUGCGGAUGGAGAGCCAGGCCUACUCGCCCACCGUCAACACUCACUAUGGGAAGCUGCGGGGUUUGCGGGUGCCGCUACCCAGCGAGAUUCUGGGGCCCGUGGACCAGUACCUAGGCGUCCCGUACGCGGCACCCCCCAUCGGAGAGAAGCGCUUCAUGCCCCCGGAGCCGCCCCCGUCCUGGUCGGGCAUCCGCAACGCCACCCACUUCUCCCCAGUCUGCCCGCAGAACAUCCACACGGCAGUGCCGGAGAUCAUGCUGCCCAUCUGGUUCACCUCCAACCUGGACAUCGUAGCCACCUACAUCCAGGACCCCAACGAGGACUGCCUGUACCUCAACGUCUACAUCCCCACCGAGGAUGUAAAACGGAUUUCCAAGGAAUGCGCCCGAAAACCCAACAAGAAAAUAUGUAGGAAAGGAGGCUCCAGCGCUAAGAAACAGGGCGAGGACUUAGCGGAUAAUGACGGGGAUGAAGACGAAGACAUCCGAGACAGCGGGGCCAAGCCGGUGAUGGUCUACAUCCACGGGGGCUCCUACAUGGAGGGCACGGGCAACAUGAUCGACGGCAGUGUCCUGGCCAGCUACGGCAACGUCAUCGUCAUCACCCUCAACUACCGCGUGGGCGUCUUGGGGUUCCUGAGCACGGGCGACCAGGCCGCCAAGGGAAACUAUGGGCUGCUGGACCAGAUCCAGGCCUUGCGCUGGAUCAGCGAAAACAUCGCCUUCUUUGGGGGGGACCCCUUGCGCAUCACCGUCUUCGGCUCCGGCAUCGGUGCCUCCUGCGUCAGCUUGCUCACCCUCUCCCAUCACUCUGAAGGUCUCUUCCAGAGAGCCAUCAUCCAGAGCGGCUCGGCACUCUCCAGCUGGGCUGUCAACUAUCAGCCGGUGAAGUACACUAGCUUGCUGGCCGACAAGGUGGGCUGCAACGUGCUGGAUACGGUGGACAUGGUGGAUUGCCUGCGGCAGAAGACAGCCAAGGAACUGGUGGAGCAAGACAUCCAGCCGGCCCGCUACCAUGUGGCCUUUGGGCCAGUCAUCGAUGGGGAUGUUAUCCCUGACGACCCAGAGAUCCUGAUGGAGCAGGGUGAGUUCCUCAACUACGACAUCAUGCUGGGCGUCAACCAGGGUGAGGGCCUCAAGUUCGUGGAGGGGGUAGUGGACCCCGAGGAUGGGGUCUCCGGCAGCGACUUUGACUACUCCGUCUCCAACUUCGUGGACAACUUGUACGGCUACCCGGAGGGGAAAGACACGUUGCGCGAGACCAUCAAGUUCAUGUACACGGACUGGGCCGAUCGGGACAACCCAGAGACACGCCGCAAGACCCUAGUGGCCCUCUUUACAGACCACCAGUGGGUGGAGCCCUCAGUGGUGACCGCCGACCUCCACGCCCGUUACGGCUCGCCCACCUACUUCUACGCCUUCUACCACCACUGCCAGAGCCUGAUGAAGCCGGCCUGGUCGGACGCGGCCCAUGGGGAUGAGGUGCCUUACGUCUUCGGGAUCCCCAUGAUCGGCCCCACUGACCUCUUCCCCUGCAACUUCUCUAAGAACGACGUCAUGCUCAGUGCCGUGGUCAUGACCUACUGGACGAACUUUGCCAAAACCGGGGACCCGAACAAGCCUGUGCCGCAGGACACCAAGUUCAUCCACACCAAGGCCAACCGCUUCGAGGAGGUGGCCUGGUCCAAGUACAACCCCCGGGACCAGCUCUACCUGCAUAUCGGCCUGAAGCCCCGGGUAAGGGACCAUUACCGGGCCACCAAGGUGGCCUUCUGGAAGCACCUGGUGCCCCACCUCUACAAUCUCCAUGACAUGUUCCACUACACGUCCACCACCACCAAGGUGCCGCCGCCGGACUCCACCCAGAACUCGCACAUCACCCGGCGGCCCAACGGCAAGGCCUGGAGCACCAAGCGGCCGGCCAUAUCCACCGCCUACACCGGAGGCGGCGAGGGCUCCCAGGAGAAAUGGAACCCGGAGCAAGACGGGGCCGGCACGCUGUUGGUGGAGAACCCACGGGACUACUCCACUGAGCUGAGUGUCACCAUUGCCGUGGGAGCCUCCCUCCUUUUCCUCAACGUCCUGGCCUUUGCCGCCCUCUACUACCGCAAGGACAAGCGGCGCCAGGACACCCACCGCCAGCCCAGCCCACAGCGAGGCGCUGCUGCCAUCGCCACUGCAGCUAACGCUAACGACAUCGGCCACGCGCCGGAGGAGGAGCGGCCCUCUCUUCAAGCCAACCAGGCGCACCACGGCGACUGCGAGGCAGUGGCCCCCCAUGACGCCCUGCGCCUUGCUGCCGCCCUACCCGACUACACUCUGACGCUGCGCCGCUCGCCGGACGACAUCCCACUCAUGACGCCGAACACCAUCACCAUGAUCCCCAACUCCCUGGUGGGGCUCCAGACCUUGCACCCUUACAACACCUUCGCGGCCAGCUUCAGCAGUACGGGGCUGCCCCAUUCACACUCCACCACCCGGGUAUAGCUCCCCCCGCGAACACAGCCCCCCCUUCCAACCCUCACCGGAGGCGGCGCGGUGAGCUGUCGGACGCCUAACAAUCACCAUGCGCCGUCCUCCCGGGCCUCUCACUUCCUCGCAGGAGGGGAUUUCAUUUGUAUCAAGUGCUCUGACUCUCCCUUGAGCUGCCUCGGCGGUUGCGGGGAGCGCAGCCCCAAAAGAGGGACCCUCUUCUGCCCACCCCCACCCCCCCAAAAAGAGCCUCAAGCCACUUGAGUGCCAUUCUGAACUUUGGGUCCUUCUGAGCCUCACCGGAUAACGUGCAAGAGGUUAACCCAAGAGGUCUCCCCUCUUGUCUCCAGCGACCAUAUCGAGAGGGGACCCCAUCACAGCCCCUCAAAUGCCACUCGUUCCCUCCUUGCCACUCAAGACUUCUCAAUCCAAGUGCCAUGUGGGGAGGAGGAGGUAAAACUAUGUUGCCAUAUCAAGGCCCAUUUGCGGGGAGUAUCUUUUGUGAGCCCCAUCCCACCAAAUGGGGGGAAUAUUGUUGCAGUCCGGUCCUGGGUAUCCCAAAAAACCUAGUGCUGGAUCCUGCGUGUCACUUGGGCUUGGUGCUGGGCCCAACAGAUGCUCUCUUGGUGCCCCUCUUUCCCACCUCACGAUCUUCAUGUCGCAGAGAAGAAGAAGAAGAAGAAACGAUUUUUCCCCCUGUCUGUCUCCAUUUUUUGUUUCUUCCUUUCCAAAAGACAUUUUUUUUAAAAAAGCAAAACAAAGCAGAUCUUUAGUUCUUUAAACACUAACGGGAAGACGCCGUGUUUUUGUCCUUUGUAAAGAUUUUAAACUAAGUGUUCUUGAUAUAAAAAAAAAUAAAGCCAGAUAGAGACA